AUGACAGCGUCAAAAAUUAGUGAUGUCUCUUUUGUGACUGAUUUUGUAUCAAAAUAUCAGAAAGGAAUGGAGAUGUCUUACACAUUGGAUGGAAAUUCACGUGUUAGUGAAUUCAAUCAAAAAAUGAGCAGUGUAUCCAUUCUUCUAUUUCAUAGAGAUUUAGAGCAAUUUCUUCUAGUUCGUCAAUUUCGACCAGCAAUCUUCACCGCAUCAAUUUCAAAUUCGCCGGAGAAUCACGGUAAAGAAUUUGAUAAAAUUGACUGGAGCAGCUAUGAUUCUGAAACUGGCUACACCAUUGAACUUUGUGCUGGACUAAUUGACAAGGAAGGAUUAUCUCCUAGAGAAAUUGCAUCAGAAGAAGUUGCUGAAGAAUGUGGAUAUCGUGUGGAUCCUGAUGAUCUAAUUCAUGUAAUAACAUUUGUUGUGGGUGCUCAUCAAUCUGGAAGUGCUCAACAUUUAUAUUACGCGGAAAUCGACGAAUCCAUGAAAAUCAGCGAAGGAGGUGGAAAUGUUCAUGAGGGAGAAGUAAUUACUAAAGUUUAUUACCCUGUCAACGUUGCACGUGAAAUUGCACGCCCUGCUAUUGGAACACAUGCAGAAGUGAAAGGACCUCCAGGCGUUCUUUUUGCUUUUCAAUGGUGGUUUUUGGUUUUGGAUCCAAAAAAGAAAGGGCUCAUCGCAACUCCACCAACUGGAUAUCAAUGGCAGCCGCACAAUGUAAAAACCAUUUCGAACGUAAAAUUCAACACUGAUUUUGACAAAAAGAAGUAUGGUUAUAAUCCAAAGAGAAUGAUUUUCACAAUUAAUGGAAUAACCCGCAACUGGGAUUUAGCCUUAUGUCCAAACACAGCUACAUGUAUUCUUGUAGAUAUGGUGAAGAAAGAAUUGAUUUUCUUGCAGAAACUCCGUGCACCGGUGUUUGUUGGAAAAAAUCGUUUUUUGAAAGAAAACAUUGGAAAGCCUCUGGAUGAGAUUGAUUUCUCGAAUUCCGAUCCUAAAAUUGCAUACACUCUUGAACUCGUUGUUAACCGUGUUCCGGAUUUCGACGAUCCUCGAAAAUUCGCUCGAAUCUCAGUGAAGCAACUUGGCUACGAUCUUCCAGAAGAUUCGUUUAAACUCCAAGCAAAGUGUAUUCCGGGAAUCGGUCAAUCUGGAGACACCCAAUCUAUUUUUGCCGUGGAUGUUAGUAAAGCACGACUUUGUGAGAAGGAAGAAGAUGAAGACAUUGAAGAACUUCGUGUUUCUUUUGCGGAUUUGCCGUCUCUGUACCGACAACACAAUAUAGGACCACCAACUACUUACUAUGCCAUUGGAUUUGCUCUUGAUCAGCUUCUCGAGAGAGACACGCUGUAAAUCGAAUACAUUCCUGCUUUUCUAUAUUUAAAAACAUUUCCCAUCGAAUUGUACAUAGACCUAUCUAGACCGGUGUCUUAUACGCAUCCUGUUUAAUGAAUAAUAAAUUAUUUUAUCAUG